AUGGGCUGGUUCUGGGCUGAGCCUACUCCCCUCGCGGCGCGCACGCCAAGUGGCCAUCCCCCGGUUGUUGGCGAUAAAGCACCUCCUGCUGGAUGCCCGAUGCACCAAAAGACCCUCGAUGCGCUGAAUCCGAAUGAAAAGCCUCAAAAGCAGGCGCCUGGUCCGUCCGCCUCAGGUUGCCCGGUUCCUCACGAAGCUCGCACAACGCAGGACAAGCCCAAGUCUUUGCUAUCGCAAUUGAACCCGCUCAACUACAUGUUCCCCGACUUGUCGCAGGAUCGCGCCCCCAAUCAAGCCAUCGCACUACCUACGAGCAGAGAAGAGUCAACGAUUCCAAAAGGCUCCGGGGAUGGCACAUGGGAGUAUCCUUCGCCACAGCAAAUGUAUAAUGCUCUACUGCGCAAGGGCUACACAGACACUGAUGUAACUGCUGUCGAAUCCAUGGUGUCUGUUCACAACUUCCUCAACGAAGGCGCAUGGGCGGAAAUUGUUGGUUGGGAGCAGCGUUUCGCCAAGGGCUUGUAUAACGGGUGGCAAGUAUGCAGGCGCGGCGAGGCACAUACUCCUGAAGAGUUGGAGCGAAACUGGGACAUCAAUGACCCUGAGCCUACUCUCAUCCGGUUCCAGGGUCGGCCCAAGGACCUGACGCCCAAGGCUACAAUGCUGCAGGUCCUGGGCUGGAUCUAUCCAUCAAAGUUUGGCACUGAGCCUCCUUUUGAUCGACACGAUUGGUACGUCUCACGAGAGGUCAAUGGCGAGAAACAACAGGUCCGCUACGUCAUCGACUAUUACUCCGGCGAACCUGAGCCCACUGGUGAACCUGUCUUCUACCUUGACGUCCGGCCUGCCGCUACUCCUCGAGGCUCUGCCGAGCGCAUUAUUCGAUGGAGCACAGAUGUGUGGUGGAAAGCCAUCGGGGGCGACAAGCGAGAGCAGGAUCCGCAACCCUUCUUCCGUCACAACUCUUCCAAGCCUUGGGGCUAG